UGACAAUGGAAAAAGAAGAAACUUGUGAUGAACUGACUGAGGGAUUGUUAAUUAAAGGAGUGAACUGUGAGAUAAAGAAACUGCAAAACAGAGAUUAUGUUGUCUCUUUCAUGCAUCUGCCCGUCUACCUUGCUGAUGAAGAGAUUUUAAAUAAACUGGAGGUUUGGGGGGUUUCCCCAAUUUCAAAAAUAAAGCGGCGUGUUUAUCCGGGCACCAGCAUCGAGGAUGGGACAAGAUAUGUAAAGGCGCGGUUUCCGAAGGAGGUGGCCUCCCUACCGUACAGCACAAAAAUAGAAACGGCAGAGGGUCCACAAUACUUUAGGGUGAUGCACAGCCAUCAGGUGAAGACUUGUCGGCUGUGCAUGAGCCCAGAUCAUGUUGUGAAGGACUGCCCGGAGUUUAAGUGCCAUAAAUGCGAGGAAAGAGGCCACUUCGCGAGAAACUGCAAUGCUGUGACGUGCCCGGAGUGCAAUUUGGUUUUAAAUAAGUGUGAGUGUUGGAUGCAGGGUGAGGAGGAGGAGCAGCAGCAGGUGGGCGGGCAGGUGCAUGAAAGAGACAACGAGCAGCGAGACGUUGGAGAAAGAGUACGUGGUGAAGGACUGGAAUUAAAUAAGGAUAUAGAAGAACAGAAAGAGUAUACCGAACCGAUCAUACAAACACAACAGGAUAGGGGAAUUUGGACACAGAUAGAUUUGACGGACAGCUUGCAAAAUGCUUUGGAUAAUGUGGAACUGGUUGAUGAAAGGAAUAAAGUACUGCGUGAUGCACAACAGGAGGGAAUUGUGUGUUCACCGAUGGAUGUGACGGACAGUGUGCAAAAGGAGAUGGAGGCGGUAGAAAUUAAUGAUGCUACAAAAGAGUGUGAACAAGGAAAAGAAAAUGAGGAGACGCAGGGGAAAUCAUCGAAAAGAAGGAGAUCUGUAAAGGUAAUGCCCAAUCUUGAUACUGCAAGAAAAAGAAUGCUUAAAGAAGAUGGGAUUGAGUGUGCAAAUAAGUAUGAGCUGCUAAAGGGUUUGGAGGAGAUGGACUGAGUUUAUGGGUUUUAUGCAUGUUUUUAUAUGUUUUAUGCUUAUAAGAAUUGUUACUUUUAAUGUUAGAGGGCUUUCCAACGUAGGAAAAUUUGAAAAAGUGAAAGAAAUGUGUAAAGGAGAGGAUGUGAUUUUAUUACAAGAACUGGAGGGAAAUAAGUUUCUGAAAUACAUUACUGAAAUAAGGAAAAGGUGGAGUGGAGAGUUUUUUUUUAUAACAAUGGUGAUGGGAGGCCUGGGAAGAGGAGUUGCGAUUUUAAUAAAAGAAAACUGUGGGGUAUCAUGUAAAACAAUA